CAGCCUGUGAAGUAGGAAGCCUAUUGAUCCUACCACUACAUCCCUAUUCAUCAAUCAGCUUCACAUCAAAUUAUUCGGAUUUGUUCGACAAAAAGCAAACGUCAACAUGGCAGACAAGCAGUCCCCCGAGUCCAAGACCUACAGGCAGCAGGCCGGCGAAUACUACAACCGCCAGUACGACUCCUGGGUCCCCUGGAUGGAGGACAAGUACCUGCAGUGGUUCACCAAAGACAACAAAGCCUCGUACGCCACAAAACAGAACCUCGACAAGACGAAAGUAACAGGCAUCUCCCAAGUCGACAACCUCCAAGACGGCGUCCACGGCCUCGUCUCCGGCCAAGUCGGCCAGGGCGGCAUCGCCCAGCCCCUCGGCGACGCUCUCAGCAAAGAAGGCAUCAACCGCGCCGAGCGCGGCGGCAAGGACGACCAGGGGCGCCCGCUGGAGAGCCAGGGCCCGCUCGGCGGGUACGGGCAGGGCGCUGUUGAUGGUGUGAAGGGCGGUGCGGGCGCCGUCGGCAGUGGGGUUGCGGGCGCGGGGGAGAGUGUUGCGGGUGCGGGGAAGAGUGCAGGGGGGUAUUUGGGCGGGCUUUGGGGCGGAAAGAAGGGCGAGGAGAAGAAGGAGGAGAAGAAGUGAGGAUGCUGGGUUGAGGGUUUGGAUAGAGAUUGGGGUUAUGAUACCAUGGGUUUUUCAGUUUCUGGGUCAGAUUGUAAUGAUGUUAUUUUAAUGCGUGGGUUCAUCUGGUGUGCUUUGCGUGCCGUACUGUGUGAUGAGAUAUGGCUGUCAGUGUCCGCCUGAGAAAUUGAUUGUAAUAAACUGGCUGCUGCGUCCGUUGAAGACACUGUUCGGAAACCAGCUGAUGAUCUAAAGUCAUGUGUUGAAGCUGUUUG